AUGUCGGAUAUCAACUCCACCACACCCGAAACGGCUCACGAAAUUGAAGAAGAGCCUCUAGCUACGAGUAAGGUUCUAGAAGUUGCUGCAUCAACCACCGAUGACACAACAGUCAAGACCAACGAGAUUAGUAUCAAUGAGGCUACCACAACUGCAGAAGAAUCGAAAGAAGAAUCAAUACGAAUCAGUUGGGUCCGGACAGUCUGUCUAGCGCCAAACACGUCGAAUGCGGAACACAGCUUGGGAACUGUGUACCCUAGGAGAUCUGCCAGCACCGAUCCGGACUAUGAUGACGCUGUGAGAAUCAUGAACAGGCUUCGCGCUGAGAAGGUUGGCGUUCCAUUUGAUGAUCUCAAGAUCACGUUGGACGGGGCUUUUAGGCCUGGAAAUUGGAGAUCUCCCAAGAUACCUGAAGUUGAUAACAGCCAUAACCCACUCAACUAUUGGUCCCCGAGGCGCAUAUUUCUCUCUAGCAUUGGAGAAGAUGGAUCUCCCCAGAUGUCGGUCCUAAGAGGAAGCGAAAGGGUGGGUGAUGUUCACGAGACCGAGGAUGAGAAAGAAGAGGCAAGAAAGGCAAAUGAGAAAUAUUGGAACGCAAAUGGCGAUGGAGAGACAAGAGGGAAGCGCCGAAGAUUCAGUCCUGAACCAUAG